CGUCAGAGGCGGUGUCAGGGGAGGUGGCGGCGCCAGAGAUGGCAGUGAGCGAGAGGAGGGGGCUCGCCCGCGGGAGCCCCGCGGAGUGGGGGCAGCGGCUAUUUCUGCUGCUGCUGUUAGGCGGUUGCUCUGGGCGCAUCCACCGGCUGACGCUGACGGGGGAGAAGCGAGCAGACAUCCAGCUGAACAGCUUUGGCUUCUACACCAACGGCUCCCUGGAGGUGGACCUGAGCCACUUGCGGCUGGGCCACCAGGAGACAGAUGGGAAGGCUCCGCUGGUGGGGUUCAGUCUGACCCGGGUUCGAUCCGGAAGCGGUCGAUCCUACUCAAGGCAGUACCCCCAAGACUGUGCUCUCCUGAGAAACAGCAGCAACCUCCUGGUUCUCUUCCUCAUCAACACCAAGGAUCUGCAGGUCCAGGUACGAAAGUAUGGGGAGCACAAGAAGCUGUUCGUCUCUCCCGGGCUCCUCCCCGAAGCACCCUCCGAACCAGAGCUCCCAAAGGCGGAGCACAGAGUCACCCCCAAGGUGGACGGCGCGACCACUACUGUGCCCAGUAAGGCCAAGUCAAAACCCACAGGGUCACAAGGAGACCAGCAGGGCAUCGGUGGGCAGGACCAGGAGCUGGUGCUGGGCCUGGGCCAUCUCAACGACUCCUACAAUUUCAGUUUCCACGUGGUGAUCGGCUCGAGGGCCGAGGAAGGCCAGUACAACCUCAACUUCCACAACUGCUACAACUUGGUGCCAGGCCGGGAGCAGCCAUUCGACAUUACGGUGAUGAUCCGGGAGAAGAACCCCCAGGGCUUCCUGUCAGCGGCGGAAAUCCCCCUCUUCAAGCUGUACAUGGUCAUGUCUGCCUGCUUCCUGGCCGCCGGGGUCUUCUGGGUGUCCGUCCUCUGCAAGAACACGUACAACGUCUUCAAGAUCCACUGGCUCAUGGCAGCCCUGGCUUUCACCAAGAGCAUCUCUCUCCUCUUCCACAGUAUCAACUACUACUUCAUCAACAGCCAGGGCCACCCCAUCGAGGGCCUCGCUGUCAUGCACUACAUCACGCACCUGCUGAAGGGCGCCCUCCUCUUCAUCACCAUCGCCUUGAUCGGCUCCGGCUGGGCCUUCGUCAAGUACGUCCUGUCCGACAAGGAGAAGAAGAUCUUCGGGAUCGUGAUCCCGCUGCAGGUGCUGGCCAACGUGGCCUACAUCGUCAUGGAGUCCCGAGAGGAGGGCGCCAGCGACUACGGCAUCUGGAAGGAGAUCCUCUUCCUGGUGGACCUCAUCUGCUGCGGCGCCAUCCUCUUCCCCGUGGUCUGGUCCAUCCGGCAUCUCCAGGACGCGUCUGGCACUGAUGGGAAGGUGGCAGUGAACCUGGCCAAGCUGAAGCUGUUCCGGCAUUACUAUGUCAUGGUCAUCUGUUACAUCUACUUCACGCGGAUCAUCGCCAUCCUGCUGCGGGUGGCCGUGCCCUUCCAGUGGCAGUGGCUGUACCAGCUCUUGGUGGAGGGCUCCACUCUCGCGUUCUUCGUGCUCACGGGCUACAAGUUCCAGCCUGCGAGGGAUAACCCGUACCUGCAGCUGCCCCAGGAGGAUGAGGAGGACGUGCAGGUGGAGCAAGUAAUGACCGAUUCUGGGUUCCGGGAAGGCCUGUCUAAAGUCAACAAAACGGCCAGCGGGCGAGAACUGUUGUGAUCAUGUCCCCACCUCAGACAGUCCUUCGUCCUCCUUUGUCCUCCUCUCUAAGCACAUUCCUCUGCUCCGGCUUCUCCCAAAGAGCGUGUGGGGAGGAGGAGGGGGCCGGUGCUCACGUGGCACCCAGCUUCCGGGGACCUGAGUGCCUGGAGCCCGUUCGGAAGAAGACAGACAGCCCCCCUCCCCCACAAGUGUUGAGCCCCCUGUCCCCACCUCGGGACCACCCCCCACUUGCCGCUGUACAACAAUGACCAAUCUGUUUUGCUA